UCUGUUUAAAUAGUAGUUAUUUCCCCUAGCUUCGUCUUCAUCAUCAAUGGCAAAGCUUCCCAUUCUUCAAUUCGAAGAAAAAAUCAUUGAAACCGUACAAAACAAUAUUGUAACAGUGUUAAUUGGAGAAACGGGUUCAGGGAAAAGUACUCAGCUUUCCCAAAUCCUCUACCGCCAUGGCUACGCAAAAUCCGGCACAAUUUGCGUCACACAACCUCGUCGUGUCGCCGCAGUUUCUGUCGCACGACGCGUUGCUCAAGAAAUGGGUGUUCGACUUGGGGAGGAAGUGGGUUACGCUAUUCGAUUUGAAGAUCGAACUUCAUCGGAAACCCUAAUUAAAUACUUAACUGAUGGUGUUCUUCUUCGUGAAAGUUUAUCAGAUCCAGAACUUCGGUCAUAUUCAGUAAUUAUCCUCGACGAAGCUCAUGAACGAAGUUUGAAUAUGGAUAUUUUAAUGGGUCUUUUAAAAAGAUUGAUAAGUAUUCGAAAAGAUUCAAAUUUUAGGGUUUUAGUUACUUCUGCUACUCUUGAAGGUGAGAAAGUUUCUGGGUUUUUUAACGGGUGUGCUUUAUUAAAAGUUCCUGGUAAAUUGUAUCCUGUUGAAAUAAUUUACAAUGAUGAUGAUAGUAAAAAGAAUUAUAUUGAAGCUGCAUUGAAGAAAGCAAUUGAAAUUCAUGUAAAGGAGCCAGACGGAGAUAUUUUGAUCUUUAUGACCGGUCAGGAAGAUAUAGAAAAGCUUGUUAAAAAGCUCGAAGAUCGAGUUCGGAAUUUGGAAGAAGGUUCUGUAAUGGAUGCUGUGGUUUAUCCUCUUCAUGGGUCAUUGCCUCCUGAGUUACAGGUGCGUGUGUUUAGCCCUCCACCCCCAAAUUGUAGGAGAUUUAUUGUUGCAACUAAUAUUGCUGAAACUUCUUUGACUGUUGAUGGUGUUGUGUAUGUUAUUGAUUGUGGGUAUGUUAAACAAAAACAAUAUAAUCCUGCAACUGGAAUGUAUUCUUUAGAUGUUGUAAAGAUUAGUAGAGUGCAGGCUAAUCAACGAGCAGGGCGUGCUGGAAGGACACGCCCUGGAAAAUGUUAUAGGCUGUAUCCAUCAUUAGUCUAUAAUGAUGAGUUUUUAGAGGCCGCGGUUCCUGAGAUAUUGAGAACCUCACUUGCAGGGAGUGUUCUGUAUUUGAAAUCAUUGGACCUACCGGGAAUUGAUAUUCUUAAGUUUGAUUUCUUGGACCCGCCUAGUUAUGGAUCUUUAGGUGAUGCACUUAGGCAGUUGUAUCUCAUUGAUGCUAUAGACGAGAAUGGGGCAAUAACUAGUGUUGGGCGUAUUAUGUCUGAGGUUCCUUUGGAACCUUCCUUGUCAAGGACUCUUAUUGCAGCUAAUGAGAACGGAUCUUUGUCACAAGCUUUAACAAUUGUGGCAAUGUUGUCUGCUGAAACUAAUUUGCUUCCGAGUUUUGCUAGAGGGUCUGAGAAGAAAAGGAAGCAUACUCCCUUGAGGCUUCCUGAUGGGGAUGGUUUGGGUGAUCAUAUACAACUGUUGCAGAUUUAUGAAUCAUGGAGUGAAACGGGUUUUGAUUUUGAGUGGUGUAGAGAGCAUGGGUUGCAGAUACGAGGGAUGUCAUUUGUCAAGGAUGUUCGAGGGCAGUUGUGUCAUAUAAUGCAGAAGGUGGCCAAUUGUUCAAUGGAAGUUCGUGGGAGUCAUGCUUCUCGAGAGAGGAAAAUGGGUUACAAAAACUUGAGGAAGGCACUGUGUGUUGGCUAUGCUAAUCAGCUUGCUGAAAGAAUGAUUCGCCAUAAUGGUUAUCGAACACUUGGCUUAAAAUCUCAGUUAGUUCAGGUACAUCCGUCCUCUGUGUUGCAACCUGAUGAUGAUGGAAUGUUUCCCAGUUAUGUAGUGUACCAUGAGUUGAUUACAACAUCUAGUCCAUUUAUGCGGAAUGUAUGUGCUGUAGAUAUGCAAUGGAUAUCUCCCGUCUUUAAGAAGCUUGAAAAUCUUGAUAUCAAUAAACUUAGUGGGGGCUUUAGUGAUUCUGAGAAUGACGUUCAAGGGGAGGUUCAAGAUGAGAUUAAGAAGGAAGUUAAGGUUGUCGAGACUUCUGCUGACCGUGAUAGUAAAAUCCAGGCGGCUCGAGAGCGUUUUCUUUCUCGUAAAGGGAAGAAGUAGCUUUAAGGUGACACCUAUAUUUUCCCAUGCAUUUUUCAUGAAGUAGAUGAAAUCUAAUCAUAAUUUACUUAUGUAAUAGCUUGUGUUUUGUUGAUUUUAGAUAUUUAUCGAUGCAUUAUAACCAUACUCAUACAUUUCUAAGGUUAAGUUCCUUUCUUUUUGCCUAUUGAUUAUAGAUCUAUAUAGUUCAGGUUGAGGAGAUAUCAUGCUUGGAAUUCGAUGUCUGAAUUAUAUGAAAAGAAGAGAUGUCAGAUGUAUUUUGUUUUUUAUAAAUCAAUGGGAAUGUUUUAUAAUUUUGGUGAACUUAUUGUGUCUUUUUGUGUAUAGGGAGUUGCAUUAGGUCUUCAACUUGAGAAGGUUAUGGGUUCUCAUUGUGUAGUACUUACGACCCGUUUAGUAGUCAUAUUGAAUGGUAGGAAUGUUAAUUGAAAAUUUGGUGUAAUAUUAGUGGGAAAAUCUUUUGACAAGUUUAAUUGUCAUGUUUGUUCUACUUCAAUCGUCUCAAGUAUUUCACAAAAUACAUUCUAAUGCCUUACCAUUUAAAAAAUUUGUUUUUAGGUUGUAACAGAAAGUUGUGAACGCAAAAUUUCCUUUUUAUGUUCAAAGAAUCAUUACAGUGGAACUUGGUAAAUUCCAUAUAAAUUUACACUACCGUAAGUUUUUCAUAGUAACAUGCUAUUAAGUCCAUUUGGAUCUCUAUAUCUUUCAUCGUUUGGUUAUAAUCUCUAUUCUACAGAAGUACAUCUGUAUUAAGACCUGCUUGUCAAACUCUUGAGCAUCUUAGCUUAUCGCCUUAUUCAUUCAACUGAUGAUGAAAGCUCAAUACUUGUGCGUGUUCAUCUCUUUAAGUUAAAAGCUCCAAACCGAUGACUGCUUCUAAUAUGCAGAUCAUAGUUGCUAUCAUCUUUGCCCUUUGCAAUUCCGGAAACAUUACUGAACUUUGCUCCAUUGGAAAUGUCGCCACUGGUGUUGACAUUCUAGCAUACUUUGGUCUUGCUACUGAAAGUGGUGCAUGCUUUGAAGUAUGAAAUUGAAUGUAUGCUAGAAUGUAGAGAAGAAUUUGAAUGCAUCGGUUCCGAAAACAUGACUUGAUGCCAUAAUGCAUACAAACUGCACUCAAAAUCUGGUUUGAGAAUCCCCUUGAAAAAGGAUAAAUGGUGUGACUCAAGAACAUGGAGGAGUUUCCUUGGGGUGGUUUGGCAAAUCUGGUGGAACCGAAGCUUUUGUAAAUGCGAAUGCCCUUGUUAUGAAAUUGCGAGGGAUAAAAAAGAGAGAUGUGCUAAUCGUUAGUGUUAGGGAAGAUGUUGUUGAUGAUAAUAGCUGUCAGUCUUCCAAAUGUAAAUAAUAGGCUAGAUUUUUGUUCAGUUUCAAAAAUUCGACGAGUUCUAUGUGUAUAAGCAUUGCGUACAUUUUGCUGGAGAUGAUGGAUUUUUCCUUUCAGA